GCAGCCGCUGUCAUUUUGAAAUACACACAGUCACCGGAGGAAAAUCGCAUUUUUGUUUGUGUCUAUCGUUUCGAUAAAAUUUAUUAAAAUAAAAUAGCAUGGAUUUCUCACAGGAUUAUGGUAUCCACGACAAUGCCGUCAGCACAGGUACAACUAUUAUGGCAGUUGAAUUCGAUGGCGGUGUCGUGAUCGGAGCAGAUUCACGUACCAGCACUGGUCUCUUUGUGGCCAAUCGUGUCACAGACAAAUUGACUCGGAUUACCGAUAAAAUAUAUUGUUGCCGCAGUGGUUCCGCAGCAGACACACAAGCUAUCGCUGAUAUUGUGGCAUAUUCGUUAAAUUACCAUGAAAAUCAAACUGGCCAGGACCCAUUAGUAGCAGAGGCGGCAUCAGAAUUCCGAAAUUAUUGUUACAACUAUCGUGAUAGUUUGCUGGCGGGCAUUAUCGUGGCUGGUUGGGAUAAACGUAAUGGCGGACAAGUGUAUUCUAUACCAUUAGGUGGCAUGCUGAAGCGCGAGUCCGUAACCAUCGGUGGUUCAGGUUCGAGCUAUAUUUAUGGUUACGUUCGUGAAGCUUAUCGCCCACAGAUGAAUAAGGAAGAUUGCGUUGCAUUUGUUGUUAAAGCUGUGAAACAUGCUAUCUACCAUGAUGGUAGUUCAGGUGGUGUGGUACGAAUUGGUAUUAUCACAGAAGACGGCAUCGAAAGAAGAGUGUUCUUUAAUACAGAGUCCGGAAAUCCAGUUGAAAUAGGCAACUAGAUACCUUACAUAAAUAUGACUUAUGAAUAAUAAGAAAUGUAUAUGAGUUUUUAAAAUUAAUAUGGAUUAUUUCAAAUAAAACUUCUUAAAAGAAAAAAUA